AUGCCAGGAAACUACAAUUUUAGAUGGAAAUAUCUCACACGCAGUCUCCAGGCUUCAUGGGGCAAAAUCUCUCGAUCCCACGUGGAUCGCAUUGUGGACCUGGUGACUCGAUACCUGAACUUUACCUUCAAGUCCGUCCUCUCGGUUGUCACUUUUCGUGACAAGCCGUGGAAGAACCUAAAGAUUGCUCUCGAUAAAAAGGUUGACGACUCCCAUGAAGAUCUCGACAAACUCUUACAGGAUGAGCAUGGUCAUCCAAUUACAUAUAACCACUACUACACCGACAAAAUCCAGAAGGCGCGACAGGGGAAAAUGCCAACGAGUUCUCCAUAA